GUGGCAGGAGCAGGUUGAAAGCAUGGCUCGUGAAGCUGCUGAGUCAAGACAGGAGAAGGCUCGAGUCGAAGAGGAAGCGAAACAGCGUGCAGACGAGAUUCGGGAGAAGAUCAAUAAGGAGCAGUCAGAGAUGAAGCUCAUCGAUGAUGAGAUCCAGGACAAGGGUGGUCGUGUCAAGAAACUUGAGGAUGAAAGGAAGACUCACCAGGAGGCCGACAGUGAGGACGGAAAAGAGUUGGACAGAAUUGAUAAUGAACGAGCACGGCAAUGGGAUGUCAAACUGAGCAACCUUCAUGCUCGCUAUGCCACUCUAGUCAGCCUUCAUGCCCAGGUGAGUUUGCUCGAAGCCACCAUUUUGCAACCUCGCACACUAACCGUCCCCUCAAGGCGCAGCAACAGUAUCAAGAGGCUCAGGAACGCUUGAAAUGGCUUACAACCCAGCGAAGCGGCAGCACAGGACCCUUUACUCUCCCAGCUCUCGAUUUGGAUCUCUCGAACACCGCAACCAUCCGUCCCCGUCGGCAUCGCAGUUCGCUUACCAGCAAUGUUUCUUCGCCCAUGAACUAUACGUCCCUGGAGCCAACAUUCUCCAGCAGCCUUGGCUACAAUCCUCCCGUCACCAGCUCACCUACUUUUGGUCCCACCUCCGCAUUUUUUAACAUCACGAACGGAAUGACUCUGCCGAGUUUGACCAGCCAAUCUGACUCUCUGCAUGGCUAUCCAGCAGAUCAGAUUUCUCUCGGUGCCCCUCAAAUGAGCCCUCGCGCAGACGCCUUACUACCCUCGGAUCUUCUCGGCGAUGAGGAGUCGCCUGAGCUUCCUCGUCCGGUUAUCCGAUCUCGUUUUCCCAACCUUGAGCAACCGGGCACCCAGCUCGAAUUUCCCCCCGGCCCGCCGUCGCCCGAUUCGCCCAACAACAGUCGUCCAGCAAGCCUCUUCGCCAGCCCUCAUGAGAGCCAACCUCAUUCUAUUGAAGUCGAGCCUCAACCCACGAACGUAGGGGAAGCAGGUGAGGCGCCAAAGAGUGCCUCGCGGCGACUUUCUGGCCUCUUUGGCUUCCAUCGUCCUCGCGGUAAAACUCUCGCCGAUGAACCGCCCUUGCUAGGCAGCCUGAAACCAGGACAGAGUCAGUCAUUCCCCCGUAAUCUGGAUGAGAUGGAUCCCAUCGGUGCUAGACGUCGUCGGCUGAGCUAUACAGGCAAUUGGGCCAAUCCGAUGUCAUUGUUCCCUCGAAGCAAUACAGCCGGUGCCACAACUGACAGCUCGUCGGAUCACCAUCCAUCUCGUCGCACUGCGUUCUCGAGUAUCUUCUCUCCCAGUAGAUUUGGCUUUGGCAGCGGUAGCAGCUUGCUCAAGUCCGGCGAGAAUGCGGAUCUCAGCACGGGAUACAACCAAUUCAGCCCCCGGCAUGAUCCCAUCGAUCCCGCUACAAUUCUUGGGAAAGUGCGGCGAGAAUCAUUGUCUCCAAGGCCGUCUUCGACCUUCUCGUUCGACAAUCACCUUCCCCAUCCUUCGACAGAUAACAGGCACUUUGGCUGGCCGUCAGCCGAGAAGCCCGGCCACCGUAGCCCCUUGGGAUUUGAUUGGGCGUCCCCCUCAACUUGGUCAAGGGUUCAAUCCCGUCGGCCAUCGAUUCAGUACGGGUCUUCUGGUCACCUGCCUUUGAGCCUGACCGGUGAGCCCGAUUUCCUCCAGGACUCGUCUUUUGAGCGGCAAGGACGCCCCUUGCAGGCUCCUAUCGGCACCCGACCAUCGUCUUCGCAUCGGCCAGUUACUCCAAAGUUGAAUCCGGCAGCGCCUUCGUUUAAGGCCAUCUUCUCUUCCGGGAAGAAAUCCGACAAGAGUAAGGAGAAAGACAAGGGCAAGGACCGGGAGUUAGAGGCACCGUUUGAUUUUCCGAUGGACGAAGGCUCUCCCUCGGAGUCGCGCGCUUCCCGGGAUUCACGUUCUCUGUCUGCCCUUACCGGCGAUUCGUACGAAUCACUGGAGCGAAUGCUUUCUGGGGGUUCAUUGGACAAUGCCAGCUCGAAGGAGUCAUUUAUCCGCAAGAUCACCCGUAAAGGGAGCUCGAGUAAAUUCACUUCGUGGAAGGAUCGGUCUGGUCUCUUUUCCAAGCGGGGUGACACCGCGCAGGGAGAUAUCGAUGAGGAUACCCACGGUGAAGCGCUACUUGCCAAGAGCAUUGACAGCACUGUCUCGAGCGCACCCUCUGCGGAUAGAUCUACCCGCAGCAGCUUGGGUUUUUUCAGUCGGAUGUCGAGGAGGUCCGCUGCUAGCGAGACGAGCGAGCGUCCUAGCGAACAGGCCAGCGAGGCAGACGAAGAUUCCGAGGCGGAGGAUCAUCAUCAUUCUUGAUCAUACUGCGUCGUGCAGCAUUUAUUCUCUCACUUAUCCUAUCCAUAGAUCAAGAGUGAGUCAGUCACUUGUCAUUUACUUCUUUCGGCCUUUCCUAGCGCUGUAAGCUUCAGGGUUGGUGGUCAUCACUUUUCAGUCUUUUCAGUCUU